ACGCGACUCUUUUGUUUUGAGAGGUCUGGACACCGGCUCGCGUGUCCUCUCCGGCAUGACGUCACAGAGGGACACUCCACUCCACGCGACAAGUGUAGACAAGAUGGCGCUCGCUGAUGUGCCACAGAAGUAAUCAGUGCUUGACGAAAAAUCAGAUUAACCAUCAUGCCUUGGGAGGAGCUGGUUUUGCUGCUGGCUGCCGUCACCACGGUGAUGUGAAGAGGGGCAGUGACUGACUGUGAUGGACAGGUGUAAGCACGUGGGUCGCCUAAGACUCGCGCAGGACCACUCGAUCCUAAACCCGCAGAAAUGGCACUGUGUGGACUGCAACACCACAGAGUCGGUGUGGGCAUGUCUCAGCUGUUCGCACGUAGCGUGCGGACGCUACAUAGAAGAACACGCGCUUCAGCACUUUAAGGAGCAGCAUCACCCUUUGGCCCUGGAGGUGAAUGAAUUGUAUGUAUACUGCUACUUGUGCGACGACUACGUGCUGAAUGAUAAUGCGACGGGUGAUUUAAAGCUGCUGCGUAGCACGCUAAGCGCCAUUAAGAGCCAGUGCUAUGAAGUCACCACGCGCAGCGGGCGCACCUUGCGCUCAUCCUCCGCCGCCGGAGACCAGCUGUCAACCAGCACGCAGGAGCUGCAGUUACGCGACGAGGACCGCAUGUUCACGGCGCUGUGGCACCGGCGUCGCACUCUGAUUGGUCGAGUGUUCCGCUUGUGGUUUGUGCAAACGGAACGGGGGAGGACGCGAUUGGAGGAGGAGCGGCAGCAGGAGGAAGAGGAGGAGAGGAAGCGGGAGGCGCGGGAAAGGCGGCGGCAACUCAAACGGCAGCUCAAAGAGGAGCUGGAAAGCGCACCUCCGAGGAAGAGCCAUCGGAUUCGUCGCCAGAGCCUAAAGGCAGAUUCUGCGGAUCCCGCGCCAGUGCCGGCCAAUAGAACCAAAUCUGUGAGGCGUAGGUCUGCUCCUGCUCGCGUCUCCACCCGUACUUCACGAACUCCUAGAGAGAGAACGCCUCAACAGAGGCAGCGUCCACAAGCCAAGGCCAAACGGCCCCGGGCCCAACCUCCUAAAACAGGGGAUUCGCCUAUCAAACGGCGACCCACCGUAACACCAGGAGUGACGGGUUUGCGCAAUCUUGGCAAUACUUGCUACAUGAACUCGAUUUUGCAAGUUCUGAGUCACUUGCAUGUAUUCCGGGAGUGCUUUUUGAGACUGGAUCUGAACCAGGCGCUGGAACUGCUAGCCUCUGCCGUCAGCCGCAAGUUAGGACUCUCGGCUCAGCGCGUGACGCAGCCCAAAGGCUCUACCCAGUGGUCGGGGCUCAGCGGAGGGGCCUCCCGUUCACGAAACAUGGAGCUUAUACAACCCAAGGAGCCCAGCUCCAAACACAUCUCGCUUUGCCAUGAGUUACACACACUGUUCCAGGUUAUGUGGUCAGGCAAGUGGGCUCUGGUGUCCCCAUUUGCAAUGCUGCACUCCGUGUGGCAACUGAUCCCGGCGUUCCGGGGUUAUGGACAGCAGGAUGCACAGGAAUUUCUUUGCGAACUCUUAGAUAAAGUCCAGCAUGAGCUGGAACGGACCAGAACGCUUACACCUGCAACUGUUCCAGCCAAUCAGAGACGGCUUAUCAAACAGGUGCUCAGUGUGGUCAACACCAUCUUUCAUGGCCAGCUCCUCAGUCAGGUGAGGUGUUUAGCAUGUGAUCAUCGCUCAAACACAGUAGAGCCCUUCUGGGAUCUUUCUUUGGAAUUUCCGGAACGUUAUCACAGCAACAGUAAGGAUGCCGCACUGGUUCCAUGUGGAUUGACGGAGAUGCUGGCCAAGUUUACAGAGACUGAGGCUUUGGAGGGAGCCAUAUAUGCUUGCGACCACUGCAACAGCAAACGACGGCGAUUCUGUUCAAAGCAAGUGGUCUUGACUGAAGCUCAAAAACAGUUGAUGGUCCACAAACUGCCUCAUGUUCUCAGACUGCACCUCAAACGCUUCAGGUGGUCCGGGCGAAACCACAGGGAGAAGAUUGGCGUGCACGUUCAGUUUGAGCAGGAGCUGAACAUGGAACCGUACUGCUGCAAAGACUCCAGUAACUUACCCCACCCGCAACACUUCCUCUACCAACUCUCUGCUGUCGUCAUGCACCAUGGGAAGGGAUUUGGCUCCGGCCACUACACUGCCUUUUGUUAUAACACGGAAGGAGGGUUUUGGGUGCACUGUAACGACUCUAAACUGAGUGUGUGUGCCGUGGAGGAAGUGUGUAAGGCCCAGGCUUACAUUCUCUUCUACACACAGAGAAACUCUCAGGACAAAAGCAAAGCCAGUGACCUCUGACCUCCGCUGAGUAGCCAGUCAACCGCAGAGACUGUUUGUUUUGUACAUUCUGUUGAUAUCGGUUUGAGACGGUUAGCUUGUCUCUUUUUUCUAGUGUACAGCAAAUGUGGAGAGUAUGUUUUUGUCACGCACACUUAUGCCUUAAAGUUAUACAACUGACAGAUUUUGGUAGGAGGCAUUCAUGCAGUGAUUGUAGCGUUCGUUUGUGUGCAUGUACGAAGAGAGCGAGAUUGUCCAAGUCGGAAGCAUUAAUGUCCUCAUUAGUGUCUCUGUGUUUCCCUGAUUGAUGUCAUCAAACCAAAGUUGAGUUUUGAAUGUGUUCCGAGCCUGAAAUGUUCGUAGCGUCAGUAUGAAAGAAAGUGUAAGAAACAAUGUUUUCUCUCUUCAUAUUAAAAGUGUUUUAAUAUCUUCAGACAUAUUUUUAAAGUGCCCUGCCAAGUCAAAUCAGUUUAACUCUUUUCCCCGCCAGCAAAAAAAAAGAAAAGAAAAGAAGUCAACGCCAGCUUUUUUGAUCAUUUUCACAAAAGUUUCAUGGCCCCCUGAAUAUUUUGUUGUAUGAACAUCUGAACAUGCAAUAUAUCAAAAAGAACGGAGCCUC